AUGACUUUAAAAAUUCAAUUAAUACACAGAAGAGAUGGAGGAUUGAAACGAUAUCUUCUUAGUACUCGGUUUUAUUUCAAUUUGAAACACCUGAGAAUAAAAUCUGAAAUUGUUAAUUGGAAAAGGCCGGCAAGCAGCUAUCGUCAGAAUCAACACAAAGUUGUAAAUUAUAAAAUUGAGUUAUUAAUUGAAAUGUUGAAUGCAGCAGCAUCAGUUAAAUGUCACAAGCUAUUAAAACAUUUCCUAUCUUCAAAAUGUGAUUGGAUGGAUCCAAGUUGA